GGGAUGAGCUAGCAACAUUUUAUAUGUUCCAACUUGAACUUGUCGAGUCCCGCAUUAAAUGGUGGACAGUGUUGUCAGAAUGAACUCUGAUAUGAAGAAACUAGCUGACGUGUUUGCGGAGGAUUCGGAAAAUGAUGCGACAUUUUAUGGUUUUUCUGACUCAGAGCUCCUGGAUACGAAUUCAGAAGGUGAUCAUGAAGCCUGCCCUGACGUUUCUCCUAAGAGGCAGCCAGAAGUUACAUCUAAACCAUCUGCAACCUUUAGACCUUUCAGGAUGAGGCUUGCUCUGGGCUCUGCUUCCUCUUUCCAUCAGUCCACAGAUUAUGAGGAUGAAGAGGGAGACAAAUUGACCCCAAAUGGAGGGGUGCAGAAGAGGCCAAGGAAGACCAACACAGCAAAGAAUGAAAGAUGUGAUGGGAAAUUUGAGGAUGAGGAGACAGAAGUGACUCAGCCUGAGGGAAGUGGAUCUGAUUCAAAUGAAGAUGUUUCAGAUAAUUUCUUGGCCAAGAGAGAGAAGAACAUCAAGGAUAAUAAAGCAAUGUUGGUACAGCUGAUGGCAGAUCUGCAGAAAAUGCCAGGAGGAGUGGGUUUUUUGAAAAACCAAACAUGCAAACAGAAAAGGAAAGAACGAAGCUCUCAUCCACCGCGGUCAGGCUUGGCUGAAGGGGAGACUAAGAAGAACCCAGAACGAGCAUCUCGCCGAUUAACUCGCUCAAUGAGCAGAAGAGAGGAACCAUCACCUCCUAAAGAGGCAGACGUGGAGCUCAGCUUAGAGGAAGAGCUGCUGGAGGUGCGUCGAGCUCCACCACGCCGUGGCUCCAGUCGACCUAGACAGAGCAAACCUCAUCUAGUUCGUCCAGUCGAGGACAUCACGGAAGAUGAGCUUCAGCUGGUUGCAGACAAUAUGACUGAUAAAGUGUACAACACCGUGACAGGCUCCACAUGCCAUCAGUGCAGGCAGAAAACAGUUGACACAAAGACGUGCUGUCGCAGUGACGACUGUCGAGGCAUUCAGGGUCAGUUCUGUGGGCCGUGCCUGAGGAACCGAUAUGGAGAAGAUGUCAAGAAAGCACUGCUGGAUCCGAAUUGGAAGUGCCCUCCUUGCAGAGGCAUUUGUAAUUGCAGUUUCUGCCGUCAGCGUGAUGGCCGCUGUCCGACCGGCAUCUUGUUCCCUCUGGCUCAGUACUAUGGGUUCUCUGAUGUCCACUCCUACCUCACCAGGUGUGGUACCUCACCGUAGGGCACUUAAAUGGUUGUAGGCAUGAAGUAAUUCCUUAGGAAAAAGUAAUUUGACACCAGAGGGGGGUACUUUUUGAAGCUGGGUGAUAUGUAGCGUAGAUCCCAGUCUUUCAAUCAGUUUUAAUGGCCACUAUAGCUAAGCUGUGUUUCUGUCCUUGCAGCCUCCAUGACAAACUGAAGAGAGGAAAGUAGCGAUCUAACAUUUAACACAGGAGGGAGCCAUUGUUCAAACUACUGUACUGCAUUGCUUGUUUUUUCCCCAGUUAAUUUUAUUCUUGCAAUUUUUCUAAACAAAUAAAGUUUUCUGACCAAGUGUGUUUCUGUGAGUGAAACUCAAUGCACAAGCUUGCAAAGAAAUGAGAGGUUUAAUUUUAAUCCAGCUGUUGGCAUCUGCAGUUUGUGUAUAAACAUACAAUAUAAAAUCCCUUAAUUAAAACAGAUUGGGAGUAUUGGAGUAUAAGAGCACUUGUCUAAUGAACUUAAUAGAAUGUCACUUUAAAUGUACAUUGCACAAUUUACAAAGCGUAAUUGCAAAAGGGGGAAAAAAAAAACAAAAGAAAAACUAUCCAAAGCGUUUUCUGUAACGAUACAUUUUGAAACUUGUUUGAACAACAGGAAGUAUAUCCAAAGUUUGCCU